CUAACUCAUAAAUUAUUUGACGCUUCGCAGAAUCGGUUUAGGCGGGAACUGUUCACAUUUCGCACAGGAUUUGUUUGCUAAAUAUUUUUGGAAAAAUUAAUAAGACCAACAAUUAAAAAUGGAAGGAUUUGAUGAAGCUGGAGUAUUUUUCUCUGAUAAUUUGCUCGGAGAUGGCCAACAAGAUGGGAACCAAAUUAAUAUGCAAGCCGUAAAGAAGAAAUACAAGGAAUUUAUUCGGACAUUCAAUGAAGAUAAUUUUUUCUACAAAUAUCGAGACACAUUGAAAAGAAAUUAUCUUAAUGGACGAUAUUAUUUAGAGGUAGAGAUGGAGGAUCUGGCGGGGUUUGAUGAGUCGUUGGCUGAUAAGUUAACAAAACAGCCGACGGAACACUUACAAAUCUUUGAAGAGGCUGCUCGCGAAGUCGCUGAUGAAAUAACAGCGCCUCGACCAGAACAAGAAGAAAAUAUGCACGAUAUUCAAGUUUUGAUUAUGUCUAAUGCCAAUCCAACAAACAUUCGCGAUAUAAAGUCCGACAGCGUCUCGAAGCUGGUAAAAAUAGCUGGUAUCAUUGUGGCGGCUUCAGGAAUUAAGGCGAAGGCAACACGUAUGUCCAUUAUGUGUCAGUCUUGUCAUACCGUCAUUCCUAAUUUGAAAGUUAAUCCCGGUUUGGAGGAUUAUGCUCUGCCGCGUAAAUGUACAACGGAUCAAGCAGGAAGACCUAAAUGCCCGUUAGAUCCCUUUUUUGUUAUGCCCGACAAAUGUAAAUGUGUGGACUUUCAAAUUCUAAAGUUACAAGAACUACCAGACUUCGUACCACAAGGUGAAAUUCCUAGACAUUUACAGCUAUUUUGCGACAGGUCAUUAUGUGAGCGAGUUGUCCCUGGUAACCGUGUACUAAUACAGGGUAUAUAUUCUAUAAGAAAAGUGGGCAAACCUUCACGACAGGAUGGACGAGAGAAAGCCGUCGUUGGCGUACGAGCACCCUAUAUGCGUGUAGUUGGGAUAACGGUAGAUACAGAAGGCUCUGGUGCCAUUUCACGAUACAGCAACAUAACUAGUGAAGAAGAGGAGACCUUUCGUCGUAUGGCUGCAUCUACAGAUAUAUAUGAACGCUUAGCAAAGUCUUUAGCUCCAAGUAUCUUCGGCUCAGACGACAUUAAAAAAGCAAUCACAUGUCUACUCUUUGGAGGUUCUCGUAAACGUUUGCCUGAUGGUUUAUGUAGACGUGGUGACAUCAAUGUCCUUCUACUUGGAGACCCAGGCACUGCAAAGUCUCAACUAUUGAAGUUCGUAGAGAAAGUGGCACCCAUAGGUGUAUAUACAUCCGGAAAAGGAUCAAGUGCCGCAGGCUUAACAGCAUCUGUAAUGAAAGAUCCAGCCACUCGUAAUUUCGUUAUGGAAGGCGGUGCAAUGGUUUUAGCUGAUGGAGGCGUUGUCUGUAUUGAUGAAUUUGAUAAAAUGCGAGAAGAUGAUCGUGUCGCUAUUCACGAAGCAAUGGAACAGCAAACUAUAUCCAUUGCCAAAGCCGGAAUUACCACAACAUUAAACUCUCGAUGUUCAGUAUUGGCGGCUGCUAAUUCAAUAUUUGGUCGUUGGGAUGAUACUAAAGGCGAAGAAAAUAUUGAUUUUAUGCCAACUAUCUUAUCUCGUUUUGAUAUGAUUUUCAUAGUGAAGGAUGUUCACGACGAAUCACGAGAUAUUACUUUGGCAAAACAUAUAAUUAACGUACACCUUUCGUCAAAUAAGGCUGGAAUUGCCGAGCAAGCUGAGGGAGAAAUACCAUUGUCCCUUUUUAAGAAAUAUAUUCAUUACUGCCGUACACACUGUGGCCCACGUUUAAGUGAAGAAGCUGGAGAAAAAUUAAAAAGCCGUUAUGUUCUUAUGCGAAGUGGAGCUAAUCAGCAGGAAAAAUCAGCUGAUAAACGUUUAAGUAUUCCCAUUACCGUGCGCCAGUUGGAAGCUAUAAUUCGAAUUUCUGAAUCUCUUGCCAAAAUGCGACUAUUGCCUUUUGCAACGGAUGAACAUGUCAACGAAUCCCUACGAUUAUUCCAGGUUUCAACAUUGGAUGCUGCGAUGACAGGAAGUUUAGCUGGUGCAGAAGGCUUUACUACUGAAGAGGAUCAGGAAAUAUUGAACCGAAUUGAAAAACAAUUAAAACGUCGAUUUGCCAUUGGGUCGCAAGUUUCGGAACAGAACGUUGUACAGGAUUUCUUGCGGCAGAGAUAUGAAGAACGCAGUAUUUUAAAAGUUAUUCAUACCAUGAUUCGUCGAGGAGAGCUUCAACAUCGUAUGCAACGGAAAAUGUUAUAUCGUUUAUGUUAAGAUUAAAAAUUCUAAUUUCGUUGGUAUUUUUUUUUUUUUCAAAUAAACAAUGAAUCUAUAUCAAUAAAA